CUCGACUUCUCUUUUUGUGAUCUCCGCGGACAAGGGCCUUGAGAAGAAGAGGAAAAGGAAGGAUGGCAGACGUCGAAGCGCUGCCCGAGUCCAAGUUAGGCACAAAGGAGUACUGGGACUCGACCUAUGAGCGGGAAUUGAAGACCUAUGCCGAGAUUGGCGACGAGGGAGAGGUGUGGUUCGGCGAAGAGGCGGUCGAGAGGAUGGUUGACUACCUCGAUGAAGAGAGAAACGAGGGCGAUGGCAUCGCAGAACAGCCCACAGUACUCGACCUAGGCACAGGCAAUGGUCAUCUGCUCUUUGCCCUUGCCGAGAUGGAGCCACCCUUGACAGAACCGUCGCGCAUGCUGGGCAUCGACUACUCGCCAUCAUCAAUACAGCUCUCGAAGCGGAUCGCCGAUAAGCGCGGUCCAGCGUGCUGCGACAUUGGCUUUGAGGUGUACGAUUUUCUCGACGACGCCAAUAUCCAGAGGCUCAAGGCGGUGCACGACGGCGGUUGGGACCUCAUCUGCGACAAGGGCACUCUUGAUGCCAUUGCCCUCUCAAAGGCAAAGGACUCCUCCGAGGAUCCUGUGAAACGCUAUGCAAGCAGCGUGGCACGGAUCUGCAAGCCCGGUACCCUUUUCGUCAUCACCUCGUGCAACUUCACUGAGCAAGAGCUCAGGCUCAUCUUCGAGCAAGGCUUCCAGGUCCACCACGUCGUUCCCACGCCGAGCUUCUCUUUUGGUGGGCAAAAGGGCUCGACAACUACCACGGCUGCCUUUCGGAAGACAUGAAUGUAUUGUAUCAUUAUCACCAUCAGCUUCUCGCAUUGCCAUUCAUCAUCUUCCCUCCUCCACUCAAAGAGAAG